UGAGACUGAGCUCUGCCCUGGAUCCAACACAGUAUUACGAACGGUGCUGGUAAUCUCCUAUGCUCAUUUUUGGGAUUUUAAAAUACGACUGCUGUAUACCCAUUGCAUUAUACCUUCUGAUACGUGGCCUUUUACUGCAGAGAGGGAUGUUUGAAGAACUGCACCGCUCCCAAAAGUCCAGACAGAUCCAAAAGGACCAGAAUCCAGUUUCUUAAAUAUCUAGACGUCUAGAAAUUUGAAAUAAUGCAGGAGAAGAUGGAGAUGAUAAAGAAGAUAUGGAAUCAUAUCUCAGAGAUGGGCAACCAGCUGAAUGAGACGGAUCAGUGUGAGUUUGAGGAAGUGGCCGUUUACUUCUCCCAGGAGGAGUGGGAUUGUUUAAAUGAAGAAGAGAAGAAACUUUACCGGGAUGUGAUGAUGGAGAAUUACCAGACCCUCAGCUCUCUGGGAUGGGUCAACAUGACACCUUCAGUUAUAUCGAUGAUUGAGAGUGGAGAAGAACCAUGUGUGAGGGGUCUCUGGAAGACUAUGGAGAUUAAGCAAGACGCGGAUCUCGCUGCAGAAAUCUGCAAACCCUGGGAAUUUGCAGCAGACGUAGAAGAUUCAGAAUAUCUUCCAGAGGUCCAUGAUUUAGAAAACUACCUUCAGGAAUCUAGCAUUGUCAGCAGUCUGGGUGCAGAGGAAAAAAUGGAUAACUCCAUGAAUGGAAAUUCCCUUGAAGAACAUCAGAUGAUCAGACACAGACCAAUCAAGCGUAGGAAGAAAUCUGUGAGAAUAAAGGCUGAGGACUCAGACUCAUGUGAUGAAGAAAGAUUGUCUGACUUCCAUUUACCUACACGUGGUUUAGGAAAAAAACCAUACUCAUGUUCUGAAUGUGGGAUACGAUUCACUUGUAUUGCUCAUCUUGUUACCCAUCAGAGAGUACACACAGGAGAGAAACCUUUUGCAUGUUCAGAAUGCUCAAAAUGUUUUAAUCGCUACUCAGAGCUUGUUACCCAUCUUAGAUAUCACACAGGAGAGAAGCCUUUCUCGUGUCCUGAAUGUGGGAAAUGUUUCUGCCGGAACUCAGUUCUUCUUAGCCAUCUAAAGGUUCACAAAGGAGAAAAGCCUUUUACAUGUUCUGAAUGUGGGAAAUGUUUCGGUCGAACUACAGAUCUUGCAAAUCACCAGAUGACUCAUACAGGCGAGAAACCUUUUGCAUGUUCUGAAUGUGGAAGAUGUUUUAUCAGUAACUCUGCUCUAGUUAAACACCAGAAAGUUCAUACAGGAGAAAAACCAUUCUCAUGUUCCAACUGUGGGAAAUGUUUCAGCCGGAACUCUCAUCUUAUUAGACAUCAGAAAGUUCACACAGGAGAAAAGCCAUUUUCCUGUUCUGAAUGCGGGAAAUGUUUUUCUGAGAACGCUAAUCUUGCUAAUCAUCUGAGAACUCACACGGGAGAGAAACCUUUUGCAUGUUCUGAAUGUGGGAAAACCUUUAGCUACAACUCACAUCUUGCUAGCCACCAGAGAAUUCACACUGGAGAGAAACCUUUCUCAUGCUCUGAAUGUGGGAAAAGUUUUAGCUGUAAUGCUAAUCUUGGUAAGCAUCAGCGAACACAUUCUGAAGAAAGACCUUUCUCAUGUUCUCUGUGUGGGAAAGGUUUCCGUCGUAACUCUCAUCUUGUCAAUCAUCAGAAAACUCAUAGCCGAUUUCAAAGACGAAAAGCUGUUUGACAUGUAGACAAUAUUAAGGGUAUGUCUUGUCAAUUUCAGCCAGAUUCUUAAUUUUCACAGUGACAUUUGUAGUCCACGCUAUGUGGCAUUUCUCUAGCUGAUGUUAAAGCAAAAUCCUUUGCAAAGAUAAUGAUCUAAAGUGGCGAUUGUCCCAUUUUAACAGUAGGACAAGGUGUCCAUCUUCAUUGUGACAGAACAGUAGAAGGUACAGGACUCCACCAGAAGAAACAUCACUUUAAACCAUAAAAUAUUAUGAACCCACUCAGUUUCCUGACCAUUAACGGCCAUUGUGUAAGCUAAAACACAUCAGAUCUGCGUUUUACAAGCUGAUGCAACUUACAUUUAAUAUUUUUAUACCACUAUUUAAAUAUAUUUUUCAAAGCAAUUCCUUUUCCAGUUCUGGAUCCAAGCAUGGAUUUUAACCAGUGGAAGUGGUAGGAUGUUUCCUUGAAUCAAGUAUACUAAAUUACAAGUAUAAUUGUACUUACCACUUGUGCUGGGGUGUCAUUGUGACAAGUUACUUAUUUUUGUGUAUGUGUUGAUGUAUUUAUUUUUUGUUCUGUUGGCAAACAAAUAAUUGAGUAUACUAUUAUCAUAUGAUCACUUAAAAUAGUGGUCCCUCACAUGUUCUUGGCAUACCAUCUAUGCUGAGAAUGUAGUUACGAGAGGGAAGUAGAACUCUCCAACGGGCGCUGUAGUUGCACUAAAUUUCCUCCAGCAGGCACAUAUCGCACUAUGUAGAGGAAUAAGGACAGCGUGUGGGCAUCAUUGGAAAGGGUGGCCUGUCUGGUGAAACAUUUCCAAACAGGACUAAUGGCACAG